AUGGCGACCGCGGAAGAGGAGAACUAUGAGACACACAAGGAGCUCAUCAAGAAGCUGAGCGAAAGUGCGGGAGAGGAGAACUUUGAGACACACAAGGAGCUCAUCAAGAAGCUGAGCGAAAGUGAGGACCGCCCGCAUGUGGAGGGAAAGCUCGCCAGGAAGCUGUCCGUCGAGGAAGAGGAGAACUUUGAGACACACAAGGAGCUCAUCAAGAAGCUGAGCGAAAGUGCGGGAGAGGAGAACUUUGAGACACACAAGGAGCUCAUCAAGAAGCUGAGCGAAAGUGCGGGAGAGGAGAACUUUGAGACACACAAGGAGCUCAUCAAGAAGCUGAGCGAAAUUGAGGACCGCCCGCAUGUGGAGGGAAAGCUCGCCAGGAAGCUGUCCGCCGACGUUGACCCCGAGACGGGCGUUUCGGAAGUGGAGAACUAUGACACACACAAGGAGCUUAUCAAGAAGCUGAGCGCGGAAGCGAAUCUCAGUGCCGCUGCCUGA